CGCCCCGUUUGGCACAUGCGCACUCGCACUCCAGCUCUCUGGCGGCCGCCGCCGAGUCUGCCUGGAAGUUGCCGCCCCCUUCAAACAAGCGUAUGCGGAGCCUUCUACGCCGCGUGCGCAAUCAGGCCCCUUACGGUGCGCAUGCGCCGUCCCUGCCUUUUCUCUGCCACGGCGCAGGGGCGCGAGGUUCUGACAGCGCUUGGUGGUGGAGGGGGGGGGGCGCAUCACCGUCGCGGAACUUCACGUCCUAGCAACGAUAGGCGGGACCUAGCCACGUCCGUGUUCCGGUUCCGAGCCCAUCGCCCCACUGUGCCCGCAAAGAUGGCCGCUGCCGGGGAGAGGCUGCGGGGAGCUGCGAGAGCGGCGUCCCCGCCGGGCCGGGCCCUUUCCCUCCUCCUGCUGCUGCUUGUUGGCCUGGCCGUGCCGGCCUGCAGCCAGCUGGGCAACGAUACUGCAGAUGCUAUUAAAAAUGACAGUGAAGUGUUCAGUACAUCUCAGAGUUCAACAGCCAGUCUGAACAAUUUGAUAACUACAACAAAAAAAGAAAUGUCCUCAACUCUUAAAGUCGAUAAUAUUGUCACACUUAGACCAACUACCGUGAAGGAUGACGCAGCCACAUCUGUUGCAACUCAUGCCACAUCUGUUAGUCCCAUUUCACAAAUGGAUGUGGAUGCUUCUGAAGAUACUAAAAUUGAGGAAGAGGGUCUCCUAACAGACUUCAAAGACAUACUGAAUAGUUCACCCCCAGCAGCAAAAGAAACUAUGGAGCCUGAUGGGCGUGAUGACUAUGGCCAUUAUGAGAUGACGUCCAAUUCCAGAUAUAAUACAGACCUUCUAGAUUUGCCAGAAGAUGAGGAGACUGAUAGCUUUGGAAGUUAUGAGCACACAAAAUCUCUUGAUGCCAAGAUAAAGGACUCCGUCUCAGGAUUGGAAGAAGACACCCAUUUCUUUUUCCACCUGGUUAUUAUUGCUUUCUUAGUAGCUGUUGUUUAUAUCACAUAUCAUAAUAAGAGAAAGAUCUUCUUGUUGGUCCAGAGCCGAAGGUGGCGUGAUGGUCUUUGCUCUAGAACAGUGGAAUAUCAUCGUUUAGAUCAAAAUGUUAAUGAAGCAAUGCCUUCGCUGAAGAUAACCAAUGAUUACAUUUUUUAAAAGCAUCAAUUUGCUGAAUUAUUUUCUUUGCCUGACUUUUUCUAUAAUGUUGUGCAGUGUCAGCCAUAAAAAGUUUGUACUGAAAUGAGAUGUCUCUCUUGCCUGGACGGGUUUGAGAUUAAAGCUUAUGUAAGACACAGGGCAUAUAUUAUUAGCAUUAAAUUCUUUGUCGACAGUCAAAUUUCAAAUCACAUGUACAGAAACUAGAUUUAAACAAUUUAUUUCACUUGUUUUUUUCCUUUAUUUCAUUUUCUUUUGUGCAUCCUGUCCUUCUGUCUAGAGCAGCGCCAACAGGGCUAAUAUAAAAAUGUGGGCAUAAAACAUUUUAGAUCUGAUAAAUUGAGUCUGCCAUCACUGAAUUAAAUUAAUGGUCUCUUUCUGCAAAUCAUUACUAUAGCUGGAUUUAUGAGCUAUCUUACACAGUUAAAUGUUUUUCCAUGUAUAGAUAGCCAAAAGAUAUCUAGAUGAAAGUUUUGCAGCACUAGGCAAACUCAGACUCUUCUCAUGUUAGGCUACCUAAUGUGACAAACUUUAUGCUGAUAUUCUUCUCUAGAUGCUUCAUGCAGUAAAGUAUUUUAAAAUUAAAAGUAUAAUUAUGUACCAAGCAUGACUUGACUUCAAGUUAUACCUUACAUUUCUUUGGAAUAUCCCAAGUUUGUAUGAAAGUAUUGCUGUUUCUUGAUUGCCCAAGAUUUACUCUGUAACUCUACUUAUGGAAACUUCAUCUGUCAUUUUAAGAUUAUUGAACUGAAAAUAAGCUUCAUGGUAUAAUUUAUAAAAUAAAAAUAUACCUAGCAGGCAAGUGCAACAAAAAUUUCCCCUGAAUUUUAAGGCAAUUAUGCUAUGCAAUCAUGUGGUUUCUUGUAUACUACAAACAUGUUAAGUCUGGGAAUGUUAGUAUGAUUAAUUUUGAUAUUAUCCUAAACCCAAGUAAUUGGCAGGUGGGGUAGAAAUUAAAAGCAUAUGGGUUGCCACAAUCUGUGGACAACACUGCACCUUUAUUUAAUUUUGUCAAAAUUAAUUUUACACGUGAAUUAGGUGUACAGCAAGUUACUGGUAUGUUUGGUUUUUUACCUUGUCCUACGUAGUUCAGCUAUUUGUUUUUUCCAUGAGAUGUAAAAUUUUCAUAGUUUUUCUUUUUGUACAUUCUGUUUGAUUUAAUUUUCAGAGCUGAUAAACAUGUAAAUAAUGGUGAAUAAGAACCACAAUUAAUGACUUGGUAUACAAGUGGUAAUGUGCUGUUUUGAAAAAGGUCAAAACUUUACAGAUGUUAGCAUGAGAAGAAUUGUGAUGGCAUGAUAUGUUAUGGGUGAAAUAGUUCAUAAAUAGUAAACCCCUACAGUUACAUGUUUUCUUUUGAUAACCAUAAGAAAGUGAAGCAUAAACAAUAUGCCUGAACUAUUUUCUUGCAGUAAUUUUUAUCAUAUUUGGACUUUCACGUAAUAUUUUGAAUAAUGUUUUUAAAAUAAAUGGGGAAAAUAUAAGCUUUUGUUUUUAUAAUAUCUUGAUCAGUUUGAACAUGUUCAUGUUAUGUAGCAUAUUCCAAUGACAGUGAAUAAUUUAUCUUCUGUUUAGGGUUGAACAGAGCAUUGCAAACUAUCUUUUGGCACUCAAAACGACUGUUUUUGCCAUUCAUUAUGUGUGGAUUCACUAUGUAUGGAAUCCUUUAUAUGACUAUAUAGGCAUGGUAUGUGUGACAAACCAUUUGCACUUUCCAGCGCCUCUGCUGCCAUUCAUCUCAACCCAGUCUCGUGAAGGAGUCAGGUUUUCAAUAAGUGUCAUCUUGUGCAGUAUCGCUGUGUUUUUUUUCCAGUAGAAAUGUGUAAGAAUAUCAAAUUAGAAAAAUUGUCAGGUAGGUUAUUUUAAACCACCUUAACUAUAGUUUACAGAAUAUGGAGAGGGAAGGGGGUUAGGAGAGGAAAGUGUUGAAGCCAUAGCACUGAUAUGAUAAAUUUGUAUUGAAACAGUUAUAAACAAAACAAAAAUAGCUUUUUUUUAACUUUUUGUGGAGUUUAUGGAUGCAUUACUUUCUCCUUCCUUUUGAGCCAUCCUCAGUUCUGUGAAGUAUAGUUCUCAGCUUUACUGGUAAACCAUAGCUUUAAUUAGGCCUUCUAUAACUCCCCACUCAGAAGGGCUGAAAAAACAAUAUCCUAUUACAAGAUAUGCAUUCUUUGCCUGUAUUGUAGCAAAUGCUUUCUGGAGAAAAUGAGAUGGCAAACUAACCCUCUAGCCAUCCCUUUUCCUUAAGAGACUAAGAAUGGUUUCUUGAAAUGUAAAUGAUUAAAACUGUAACAGUUCUGACAA